CAUUUCAAUUCACUCUCUACACUCUUCAAAUCCUAUAAACUCAUCAAUACCCAAAUAAGCAACAAGAGAUAUUCAUACUCCCAACCCAACUCCUUUUUACCAUUCAAUAGUUGACAGAUUUGCCUACAGAUCCAAUCUUCUAAAGACUAAACAUGGCCACUUUUCGAGCUUCAAGUUCGAUGAGUUCAUCAUCAAUUUCCUCAUCUUCGUGUUGCCGAAGAGAAAUCAUCAGAGCUACUAUCAACAUGCCAAAGAUUCAGAAUAGUACUUUCUCUCUUCCCAACCUCACAACUAGAGAUUUGGUGGAGCAAUUGAAAUUGACAAAUAGUAGUUACACAAACACAACCACUAACCAUAUUCAAAAACUUCCCAAAUCUCCUAGCAAUAGUCCCAAGACUUCUCCCAAAUAUGAUUCUAAGGUUUCAGAUCGCGUGGCGAUAGCGAAGCUGUACGCGAUCAUGGAGGCUGUUGAUGAUAGAGUGGAGAUGCAUAAGAAUGUUGGAGAGCAGAGAAGCAACUGGAAUAGCCUACUCUUAACAUCCAUUAAUGCAAUCACUCUCACAGCUUCAACAAUGGCUGGUAUUGCAGCUACUACAAGUGCAAGUGGCAGUGGCCCUCUUGCGGCGCUAAAGCUCUCUUCCACUUUGCUCUAUUUGGCAGCUACUGGGAUGUUGUUGAUCAUGAAUAAACUUCAACCAUCUCAACUCGCUGAAGAGCAACGAAACGCUGCAAGGUUAUUUAAGCAAAUUCGUGAAGAAAUUCACACAACAAUAUGUAUUGGAAAUCCAUCCAAUAAACAAGUUAAGGAUGCGAUGAAAAAAGUUUUGGCACUUGACAAGGCCUACCCGCUUCCUUUACUAGGCGUGAUGCUCGACAAAUUCCCAAAAAAAGUGGACCCUGCCACGUGGUGGCCUCAACAACAACGAAGACAAGCGAAGCAAGGUUCUAAAUCGCGAAAUGAUAAGAAUGGUUGGGAUGCUAAGUUGGAAGAUGAAAUGAUAGAGAUAGUUGGGGUUUUGAACAGGAAAGACAAGGAAGACUAUUUGAGGUUGGGUGAAAAGGCAUUGAAACUCAACAAAAUCUUGGCCAUUUCAGGACCUUUACUAGCAGGUCUUGCAGCUAUUGGUUCUGCAUUUGUGGGGUCUCCUAGCCAUGGAUCAUGGGCUGUGGUGCUUGGAGUUGUUGGCGGUGCUUUGUCGAGCAUCGUCAACACAUUAGAGCAUGGUGGGCAAAUUGGGAUGGUGUUUGAGAUGUAUAGAAGCAAUGCUGGUUUCUUUAAGCUCAUGGAAGAGUCUAUAGAAUCAAAUUUGAAGGAUAGAGAAGUGGAGAGAAGAGAGAAUGGGGAAUUGUUUGAAAUGAAGGUGGCUUUGCAGUUGGGUAGAAGCUUAUCAGAGCUGAAGGAUCUUGCAGCUUCUUCUUCAGUGAAAGGGGAGGCCAUGGAAGAGUUUGCAAGCAAACUUUUCUAAUUUUGGCAAAUCUUUUUGUAACAUAUGUAACCACUAACUCUAGUUGCUUGUAGUUUUUGUCCAUAGAUUGUUAAUUAACUCCAUUCAUUUAUUCAAUGUAAAUAGAAGGUUAAUGGACAUAUAUAUUUUUCAGAAAAUUA